AUGAGAAGGCCCCAGAAGAAAGAACUUAUCCUGACUAUCGUGACUGCUGUCUUGGCCAUCUUCCCUUUUGUGGGCGACGCCUCCUUCGCCGCUGCCGGCCUGGAGGAUGUCGCCCGCGCGAUAGCCCUCAUCGGCGAGACCACCAACGCAGUAUUUGAUCUGUAUACCAUUUUCAGUGACCCAGCAAGCGCUCCUAUGGCAAUUCUCGGUAUGAUGCUGGGCUCUGCCGCUUUAGGCCGCGAUUCUCAGUCCUUCUCCAAGAUGGGCAAGCUCCGGCGCGAGAUGAGUGAAGAUGCUCUUCCCGAUAUGGGCGAGGUCUCAAAUAACACCCUGAUAAACACCAUCGUUCGACCGUGUACGUCCUGA